AUGUCUCUCUCACGGAUUUCCGAUGUCCAUGAAGAUUCACGCAUCGUUGGCUUUGAUCCAUUGUUGUCUCCCGAAUAUCUUCAGCGACAAAUCACCGCGUCAACGUCUUCGUUAGAAACUGUACGCUCCAGUCGAAAGCAAAUCGUCGAUAUCCUUGAACGACGAGAUGACCGCUUACUGGUGGUUGUUGGCCCUUGCUCAAUCCACAACACGCAAGAGGCAUUGGAAUUUGCUUCCCGAUUGCGCGAACUUUCGAAAAGACUCUCUUCGACUCUUUGCAUCGUAAUGCGUGCUUAUUUGGAGAAGCCUCGUACUACCGUCGGCUGGAAGGGUUUGAUCAAUGAUCCUGACAUUGAUGCUUCCUACAACAUUAAUAAGGGACUCCACAUCUCCCGUCAGCUCUACUCAAGCCUGACCGAUCUCGGAGUCCCAAUCGCCAGUGAGAUGCUUGAUACCAUAUCGCCACAGUAUCUGGCGGAAUUUAUUUCCCUUGGGGCGAUUGGUGCGCGCACGACGGAAUCUCAAUUGCAUCGAGAGCUGGCUUCUGGCCUAAGCUUUCCCAUUGGGUAUAAAAAUGGAACAUCCGGCAGUGUUGGCGUUGCCAUCGAUGCUAUCCAGGCUGCCUCCAAACCUCACAGAUUUUUGGGGGUCACAAAACAGGGUAUAGCAGCUGUGACUCGCACUACGGGGAAUGAACAUGGGUUCCUCAUUCUGCGAGGCAGCAACGAGGGCCCGAACUAUAGCAAAGAGCAUAUCGGUCGUGCGAGGCAGGCGCUGAAGCUAAAAGCCGAACGCGAGAACAUCAUGGUUGAUUGUUCGCAUGGUAACUCGGAGAAAAACCAUCUGAACCAGGCAGUAGUGGCUGCGAAUGUGGCUGGUCAGAUUGCAAGUGGAGAGACUGCACUCAUUGGUGUGAUGAUCGAGAGUAAUCUCAACGAGGGCAAUCAAAAGUUGCCUCCGCAGGGGGCAAGUGGGCUUCAGCCUGGAGUCAGUAUCACCGAUGCCUGCAUUGACUGGGAGACAACUGUGGAUGUUCUGCAAAUGCUGGCAAAUGCUGUUCAGUAUAGACGUUCCGGGGCCGAGACCCUAGCUAUCGAGUGCGUUGGAAAAAACCUGGUUUGUUUUAAUAAGCAGAUCACCGAGAUUAGUGCUGUCGACUUGGUGUGA